AUGUGUACUGACCACAAACUCCACUACUAUAUUCAAAGCAAGAAAGACCUAAAUAAAUAAUGCUAAGUCCAUAGAAUCGCCAACCCUAGACAAAUACGUACUACACCCUCAUCAUCAUAUCACCGAAAGCUCUUUCUUUCGCUCUUUUCAGAACCCACCAUCGACAUGCAGCCGGACAACACGCCGGAAAUCUUUGACUACUACUACAACAAUAAUUAUUACAGCUUAUCUGGAAAUGCCGCAAGCAGCUACGGCCUUCCGGCCACCUACGAAAUCCCGCCGCCCUCCAAUCAUGAAAGCUUCUGCAGCUCCGCAUUUUACCAUACGGAGUUGCCGGAAACAGUUUCCGACUGCACGCCGGAAGCCCGAGCUCUCGCCGCCUCCAAGAAUCACAGGGAAGCUGAGAGAAGACGCCGGGAGAGAAUCAACUCCCAUCUUGAUUGCCUCAGAACCCUUCUUCCCUGCAACUCUAGGACAGAUAAAGCUUCUUUACUGGCAAAAGUGGUUGAACGCGUGAGGGAGCUAAAAGAAGAGGCGUCGGAACUUAUGGAGAUCGAAACCGGGAUCCCGUCGGAGAGCGACGAGAUCACGCUUCUACUCUCGAGCGACGACGAGUGCUCCGGCGACGGUAGAUUGGUGAUCAAGGCGUCGCUUUGCUGCGAAGACCGGAUGGAUCUCAUCCCUGACCUAAUCCACACCCUCAAAUCUCUCCGGCUAAGCCCCCUGAGAGCUGAGAUGGUAACCCUCGGCGGAAGAAUCAGAAACGUUUUCAUUUUAGCCGGAGAUCUUAAGGAUCACGCCUGUGCUGAUGAAUCGUCCAUAUUGUUUCUCAGAAAUGCGUUGAAAUCCGUGGUGGAACGUUCGGCGUGUGGCGCCGGGGAGCGUUCCAAAAGACGAAGAAUGAUUGAUCAUGGAGUAAUCAAUUAAUCAAUUAUAUGCUCAAAUUCAUAUCAAAAUUUCAUUUUUAUAUUUUUUUUUCUUAAGAAAAUGUAGCCACUAUUCGAGAGUGAGCUCUGGUGUGAAUUUAUAUUAUACGUUGUAUAAGUGUUCGUUGUUGUCCAACUUUUCUGUACAUAAAUGGUGGUGUUUUCAGAUUCUGAAGAAAUAUCUACCAUUGUUAGGUUUAAAAUCUUCUUGCGUGCAUUGUUAUGUUAUGGAUUGGUGUAAAUUUUUGGGUGUAGUUUGAUUGAUCUUUAUAUUAUGGGUUUAUAUAUAUGUACUUAUUAACUUGUUUGA